UCAAGCUUGGGCCGCCAAAGAUUCAGCGAAUUGUCUUGGGCUUGACCGACAAAUGCUUGUCGUCCAACUAACGACUCUAUAGUCGACCAUCUAUUGCUUGGGUCUCGUCUUUGAUCUGCUUUUGGAAAUUUACUCUGUUUGCAGGAUACAAGUGAUACCGAGUCGUAUAUUGCCUAGACUGUGUUUUUUCCCGUCCUUCUGGGGUGCUGUCUGUCAAUGCCUUGUGUGGGCCUCUUUUUAUUUACAGCACCACCAACUCAAUGCCCACGAGGAAUUGGCCUGGCGCCCUCUUGAACGGCGAGAGCUCGAAUAUCACAACGGCUUGAUUGAAUCGCUUCUCGACUCGCAGACACUCGCUACUUUGUAUACGUACGGCGCGUCAGAUCCCAUCGACAUGGCCCUAGCACCACCGCCUCUCCCGACGCGGUUUCCGUGCUGGGUCAGAGCCGUAUAUUCCUGGGGAGGAGAGUCCAAACGAGACCUGGGAUUCGUCGAGGGCGACCUAAUAGAAUGUCUGAAUGCCGGCGAUGGUUCGUGGUGGACUGGCAGGCUAUGGCGCGACAGGAGGAUGAUUGGAGUUUUCCCCUCCAAUUUCGUCGAGGUCUUGCCCGAGAACUUCAGGCCGAUGAGCAGGUCAACAAGCCCAUUGCCGAACAGCAAUACGCCGAGUCCGAAGAAUACCCCCCAGAAAUCCAGGACGUUUCGCAAACCAUUCGAGGCGUAUGCCAAGGCACCGCAUUAUACGACGGCCAAAGUUCCCGAGACCUACAAAGAGAGUCCUGUGAGGACAAGAAAUAACUCGUCGAUUUCGUUCAAGAAUGCCCCCGAGGCAAUUGAUCGUGUCCCUUCUCCACCUCAGGUCCACGGUUAUGGCUCGCGAGCACCGUCGCCUGCCCCCUCGUUUAACUACCAACAACAAUACCGGCAGAGCGUCGAAGAUCAUCGACGCCAACAGCAGCAGCAACACCAACCGCCACACCAACCACCACAACAGAGGUACCAACAAAACAUGGACGACCCUGAUUCACCUCCCCCUCUACCUCCGCCACAUCGCCACGCUCUCACCUCUAGGCACGGUUCCAAUGCCUCGUAUGACAAUCGUGUACCCGAGCACAUCUCCCGCCACAACUCGAAUGCCUCGUACGACAAUCGCGUACCGGAACAUAUGUCCCGCCACAACUCUGGUGCCUCGUACGACCACCGGUCAACGGGGUACCAUACCCCCCGAAUGCCAUCGCCAUCCCCGCCGUCUCCCGGCGCAGCAGAAGGAUUAACACCGUCGCCACUUAGAGAGGCGAUGGAUGAUGUGAUGGAGCAAUUGGACGCGCUGGGCGUCCCCCGCGAGACGGAAUCGCCGGAACCGCCUUUCGACCCAUGGUCGCCUGAGUCCUUUGACAUGCUUCAUCACAGCUCUCGUAAGAAACGAGAACACCUUCGGCCACAGACGUCGAUGGGCAUAGCUCAACAUCCAGACGAGGGCUAUGAGACAUAUAGUGGUAGCGGCAGUUCAUCGAGAGAUCAGACCCACCAGAGUGGCUAUGUUGACAGAGAGCAGCCACUCCCUCAGCUAAGCAACUAUGUCGAGCGUAUGGAAACAAGGUUGAGGAGCAUGCAUCAACACAAUUCCAGCGUUGUGGGCGUGGGCGUGGACGAUGGCCCGCCGCCACCUCCGAAGAAUUCUCUGUACGACAGGCCGAAGUCAUCGAUAGACGUGCACGGCCAACCCGAGAGAAAGCUACGGCACAAGAAAUCGGCGUAUGAAGUCGGGCGACAGAUGCUCGGCCGGACCUUUACGAACAAGACAAAUUCGACGAGCACUUCCUCCGGUAAUCGCAGCACCACAACACAGAGUACUGAUCGGAGCCUCAUGAGCGGGACUUCGGCAGGAGGAAUCAGCGCGACCAGUGCAAACAGUCUCGCACGAAAGAACCAGGGUAGGGCACAGAGCGCAUUGGGCAUGCGGGAACUAGAUGUCGAUCGACCCGAGACGCCCUUCACAGGAGUCACCUAUCAUAGCAGCCAUGCAUCUGGAGACCCACGGUCAAGAUCACAAAUAGGGUUUCACGACGAUUCGAUCAGCGGUUUAGGAGGCCUUGUCCAGCCGAGGGCGAAGAAGCAGAACUUCAUCAAGAGGAUCCUGGAAUCUGCAAAGACCGGCGUGGCUAGCAGCCGCGGUAGUAUCGCGACCGCUGGUGCAGGAUCCAUCAAUCCAUCAUCCACGACUCGAUCGGCCAUGUCCAACAGCGUGACGGGUAUAUCGGGCGGCCACCCUGCGGCAUUGCAGAACCGAGAUGCUGCUAGAGACAUGGGCCUGAAUGGCGGUAUCGAUUGGGUCCAGGUGCGACGCGAUGUGAAUCGAUCGAAUUCGCUAAGCCGGAACGAGCGCCUUGAACGAAGAGACCGGUGUCAGAUGUUGGAUUACCCUGCCAUCGAGCCGGUGGAUGAGCUAUACUCGAGCAUCGACGGCGACGAGGGUGCGGAUGGAAUGCCCGUGCCCGAACCGACCAACUACUUCAACAUCAACCUCAGCCAGGUGGAUAAGAACUCACGUUUCGUAGCGAGUCUUCCGCCCAUGACCACGGCGAUAACAUUGGCAUCGACGUACGUCUGCCGCCCCUACCGCAGUGAUGUGCAGCGGCUGCGAGCCAUCUUCACGUGGGUGGCCGAGAAGAUCUGCUGGGAGGAGGACUUUGAGGGCGAAAUCGACACUCGGAGAGUGAUCCAGACGAAACGGGCGUGCUGCGAGGAGUACGCCAUGCUCGUCCUCGAAAUGUGUGCCGCUGUGGGUCUGCAGUGCGAGAUCGUCCGCGGUUAUCUGAAGACGCCGGGGGAAAUACCAGAGACGGGCAUUAUGCCCAGGUCUAACCACUGGUGGAACGCCGUCUUGGUCGACAACGAGUGGCGGAUGAUGGACUGCUGUCUGGCGAGCCCUUCGAAUCCCCGCCGCGGACUGUACUCGAGCAUGGGCAGCUCUACCGCCGAUCCAUGGUGGUUCCUCGCCCGGCCGACAGAGAUAUGCUGGACACACAUACCCGAGCAUCAUGCCCAACAGCACAUCUGCCCACCAGUCGCCCACGAGAUUUUGCUGAACCUGCCCUGCGCGUGUCCCCCUUACUUCAAAAACGGCCUCGAAAUGGCCGACUACAACACCUCGUUAACCCGGAUCGAGGACCUAGAGAUGGUCCACAUCAAGUUCAACGUGCCACCCGACGUCGAGGUGGCCGCCGAGGUCGAAGUGCGCGCGUACACGCGAGAUCCCGACGGGGACUUCUUCGAGUCGGGAGACGUGGUGCGGAAGCGCGCCCUCGCACAGGCAGAGUGGUUCGGCGGAGUAAAACGAUACACUGUCAAGGCGCUGCUGCCAGGCGACGAGGGAACGGGCAUCCUAAAGGUCUACGCCGGGAAGCGCGGCCUCAUGCACAGCAUCAAGGACAUACCGCACCCGCUGGCCUUUGCGCUGCCCGUGAUCCACUCGGGCGAGAACCCGGCGUACGAAUUCGUCACGCGCCACCCGACGCCCCACGCCCAGCGCCACGACAUCUACGUGGUGCAGCCGCAGUGCCAGCGCCUGGCCCUGAACAACACGUUCGUGUUCGUCAUCCGCCAACACCCCAGCAGCGCGCUGGCAGCAGCAGCAGCAGGCGCCGCCGGGUCACCGAUGACGCCGUCGUCCAACCCGGGCGGGGCCAGCCCGAUCCCGUUUGUGCGGCCCGGCAGCGCCAUGAGCAUGACGAGCUCGAGCGCGGCGUGCUCGAACCCCAGCACGGCGACGAGCGGUAGUGGGAGCGGCGGCAAGAAGCCGGCCAAGCUGGCGGUGCAGACGCCCGGGGGCAAGAUCCUGCGGCUGAUGCGCAAGGAGGAGAGGAGGGGCGCGGCGAUCGGCAACAGCGGCGGCGGGGGGGACGAGGAGGUCGGCGACGGGGGCACGUGGGAGACUAUCAUCAAGUGCUCCGAGCGCGGGGUUUGGCGCGGCCUGGUGCUGGCGGACCGUACGGCGAGGUGGUGCGUGUUUGCUGAGUGGGUGUGCGUCGGGUGAUGCCCCUACUCAUGGAUUUGAGCCGGGCGGGCGGGCGAGGCAAGUCUUUGUGCGGCUAGACGUUUGAGAGAGGAGGUUUGGAGGGUGAAAAACGAAGAGAGGACCGGGAUUUUUCAAGUAUUGCUUGCUUUUUAAUAACUGCCUGGCCAGGGG